AUGAUCACUUCAAAUGAUGAUGUGAUGGAAUUGAAAAUAAAUGAACCUAUUUCAUUAUCAUCAUCAUCAUUAUUAAAAUCUCAUCAACAUCAUCACCAUGAAUCAUCAGGCUAUUCAUCAAAAGAAGCUGAAUGUAGUAGUCCUGAAAAUAAAACUCAUAUGCAACAUCGACAUCAUGAAAAUAAAUUGAGAAUUACUGCAAAUAAUAAUAAUAAUAAUAAUAACAAUAGUAAUAGAACAGUUGACAUCCAUCGUCGACGACAUAGAUUACCCACGUCAUCCACAACAGUACCCAACAAUGGUGGUUCAUUGACUAUUGAUGAAUCUUCAACAGAAACCCAUAAUACUGAACAAACGGUCAUUACUCUUGAUAAAUCGAUUCAUCGUCUAUCACCGAUCUGUGAUGAACAACUAAUAACAACAACGAAUACAUUAUCAAAUCAUCAACAUUUUCCUAUAAUUAUUCCGUCCGAUGAUAAUAAUCCUAUUAAUUCAUCAAUAACAGCAUUACCUCGAAAUUCAACCAAAUCACCUUCACAUCAAGCAACACUUUUUGCUCGUCGACAUUUUCAUGUUUAUGAUUGGACACGUCUUUCAUUCUAUGAUAAUGUACCACCACCACUUGGUUAUCAAAGUGAACCCGUAUUUAUUGAUAAUCGUUCUCCAACAGCAACAUCAGCAUCAUCGGCCGAUGAACAUACUUCAAAACGUUCAGUAUUAACUCAUAUUCGUUCACCAACUGAUAGAAAAGAUUCCGGUCUUGGAACAAGUAGUGUUGAAAGACAAAUUGAUUCAAUUGUAUUAACAAAUAAUACUGAUCCAUUACAUCGAUCAACAUCUUCCAUUUCAUCCUCAUCGUCAUCAUCAUCACCCUCAUCAUCAACAUCAGAAAGCGAUGCAACAAAUACAAUACCAUCAUCAACAACACCAUCACGUUUACCAGCUAGUCGUAAAAUACGUGUUAAAUGGCAUUCAUUUACAAAAUCUCAUCGUCCAAGUUUUAAUUCAUCAAAAUAUCAUUUAGGACAAAUGUCUGUUGGACAAUUGUUUGCUUUACGUCGUGCAGCAUCAAUACGUAUACAAGAAUUACUUGAUACAACAAGAAUUUUAUCAUCAAA